GCUACGCACGUAGCUGUUGUCCGCCUCUCAACACAACUGGGUCAAACGCUUAACCGUAACUACCAGUCGAUACCUAUCACCACCUUUUAUUGCCUCCCCUCCCCAAUGACGGAAAAAGACGCGACCUCCUGCGACGUGGCGCACUUCCUCAAAAACUUCGCAGACUUAGAAAAAUCCUACGAACAUCUCCUCAACCGGAAAAAACAAAACGAGCUGAGACUCACUGAGGCGCUCAGGAGUCUUGACGAAAUCAAGGAGCAGUACGAACAGGAAAAAAAAAAGAAUUUCGAAAUGUCAAUCGCUAUAGGGGAGCACACAGAUAAACUAAUAAAAAAGCACAGUUACGCUGAAAGCUACGACUUCGUGAAAAGGCAGAACGAUGAUUUUAAAGAAAAAAUCGAAUCCCUACGGAGGGAAAAGGAACAGGACAAGCUGCUCAUGGAGGAGAGAACAAAAGCGCUGGAAAUGAAGAAACAGAGAGAAGUGGAAGAAUACGAUAGCAAGCUGUUACAUAUGAGCUUCUUUUCCAUGCAGAGAGAGAACAAAAAUAAAUUGCUCCAACUAGAGAGUCAAAUAGUAGAGCUUGACUUGGACAUCGUGUCAAAGGAUGAGGAGAUAAACAAACUCUCCUCAUUAUUAAAAGAAAUUAAAAAGGAACACGAAAUGGAGAAGCUGGAGUACGAGCUGAAGAUAAAAGACUUGAUUAAAAAAAAAGACGAAAGCAGUCGGAAAAGUAAGGAGGCCAUGCGGGACAUAAUAAAUGACAGUGGAAAUCACGCCUUGAAAAAUUUAAAAAACAAGCUCCACAUACUACAGCAGAAAUGCAACAAGAUGGAAAAGGAAAAUGCAAAUUUGAAAAGGACCAUAAACAAAGCCGAGAAAAAAACGAACAGUGCACAAGACCGCACAAAAACUGGAUGUAUCAAAAGCUUAUAUAAAAUAUAA